GGUACUUAUCGAUUCUCGGGCUCCUGUGUCGCGCUUGCCGGAGUUUAAUGGCCGGACUUCUCGUCUCCUGCUCAUCUCCCCUCUUCGGGUCUCUGCGCUGCCGUAUUUCUUCUCGCAAAUGCUUCCGGGUUUCCGCCGAGCUCAGUGAGAGCUCUGCUUCAUCCCACACAUUCGCCGCAGCAGAAGAUGAGGGUGGAAGCUCGUCAUCCUCAUCGACGUCUUCUUCUUCUCCGCCGCUUUUGUUCUCGCCUCCUGAUGGCUUCAAGCCGCCGCAGCCAAAGCCGUUUUCCGUACGCCCCGAUAGGUUUCUUGACAUUCUGGGAGCUUCUCUCGCGCUGCCCUUUCGUCUCGGCACUGGUGCUUUCGUUCAAGGCUAUUCAGCAUCUUUAGUGUCUAAGGAUCAAAUCCCUCCAAAUGAGUAUGCUUUGAGUAUCGCAGGGUUCAAGCUCAAAGAGACUUCAAGGCUUGGUCCUCGACCUGAGAAACCUAUUGAGAUUUAUGAAUUUGAAAGUUGUCCUUUUUGCCGAAAGGUCAGGGAAAUCGUUAGCAUAUUGGAUCUUGACAUUUUAUUUUACCCUUGUCCAAAAAAUGGUCCAAACUUCCGACCGAAGGUGUUGAAAAUGGGCGGCAAACAACAAUUUCCAUACAUGGUUGAUCCAAACACUGGGGUCUCAAUGUAUGAAUCAGAUGAUAUAGUAAAGUAUCUUGUCGACAAAUAUGGUGAUGGGACCGUUCCUCUGAUGUUGUCACUUGGCAUUAUUACUACAUUAACUGAAGGAUUUGCGAUGAUUGGUCGAAUGGGGAAGGGAUCAUCAUACAGUCCCUCUAGACUCCCACCAAUGCCGCUUGAAUUAUGGGCAUAUGAGCCUUCUCCAUUUUGUAAAAUUGUUCGAGAAACGCUCGUUGAGUUAGAAUUACCUCAUUUGCUGCAUAGCUCUGCAAGGGGCAGCCCUAAACGGCAGCAGCUACUGGACAAAGUCGGACACAGUCAGGUACCUUAUUUAGAUGAUCCUAACACUGGAGUUAAGCUGUUUGAAAGCGCCUAUAUUAUUGAGUAUCUCAGGGAGACAUAUGCUCUUGACAAGUGAAGUUUUUCUGAAACUCUUUAGAACUCUCAUAUUAUUUAGUAUGAUUUAAAUAUGUGUACAACAUGGCAUGCAUUUUGUCACAUGUAAAUUAAAUUUAUUAAAUGAAGUGAUUAUGUCUAUA